UCUAUCAAAUUCAUGAAGUGACGUUAGCGUCCAGGAAGUUCGGCUCCGGAAAGGGUGGGCUUUGCAAAGAUGGCGGCUCCGGAGGUGCUGGAGUCAGACGUGUCAAGUUCGAUAUCACUUUUGAAAACCCUCCAGGAGCAGGUGAUGGCUGUAACUGCACAAGUACAAGCACUGACAAAAAAAGUCCAGGCUGGCUCAUACUCUACAGAGAAGGGUCUGAGCUUCUUGGAAGUGAAGGACCAGCUGUUGCUCAUGUACCUUAUGGAUCUGAGUCACCUCAUCCUGGACAAAGCCUCAGGAGGAUCUCUGCAGGGCCAUCCUGCAGUUUUGAGGCUGGUGGAAAUCCGCACGGUUUUAGAAAAACUCCGCCCCUUGGACCAAAAACUGAAGUAUCAAAUUGACAAACUGGUCAAGACUGCGGUGACAGGCAGCCUCAGUGAAAGUGACCCACUUCGUUUUAAGCCCCAUCCCAGCAACAUGAUAAGCAAGUUGAACUCGGAGGAUGAAGAGGAAGACGAAGCAGGGGAGGACCAGUCUGAGGCUGCAGGGAAGAAAUCUGCAAAAGGAACAUCUAAGAAAUACGUCCCACCACGCUUGGUUCCAGUGCAUUAUGAUGAAACAGAAGCUGAGCGUGAGCAAAAGCGCCUGGACCGGGCCAAGAGACGGGCCCUGAGCAGCUCCGUCAUCCGAGAGCUUAAGGAGCAGUACUCAGAUGCCCCAGAGGAGAUCCGCGAUGCCCGGCACCCUCACGCCACUCGCCAGAGUCAGGAGGACCAGCAUAGGAUUAACUAUGAAGAGAGCAUGAUGGUGCGUUUAAGUGUUAGCAAACGAGAGAAAGGCCGGCGGAAGCGAGCAAGUGUUAUGAGCUCCCAGCUUCACUCCCUCACACACUUCAGUGACAUCAGUGCUUUGACAGGAGGAACUGCCCAUCUUGACGAGGACCAGAGUCCUAUUAAAAAGCGGAAGAAGAUACCUAAGAAAGGCCGGAAGAAGAAAGGGUUUCGGAGGCGGCGGUGACAUGCUUAUGCACUUUGUCAUCCUGGGGUGCGUCUAGUGUCACCGUAUGCAGGUGUUUUCCUUGGGCUCUGCUGACCUUGGACGUGUGGAAAGAUCUUUACAAAAUAAAAUUUCCUUUGCUUUUCA